AUGUUCAGGCUUCUGAGCCCGGUUUUGGCCUUCUUCUGGAAGAGGGCGGACCCCGCCGAGGAAGAGUGCAUGCAGCAGCAGGGGCUCCCACAAGAUGACAUCGAGUUGAAAACUGUGCAAGGAGUUGUGACAAGUUUCUUUUGCGAUUACGGCUUGAUUGAUGAGUCGAUCUACUUCAGUAGUGAUGUUGUGACUGGCAAUGUGCCUCUAAUAGUUGGACAAAAAGUUACUGCAGUUGUUGAAGCUAAUAAAACAUCUCGUGGAUUGAAAGCAAUCAGAGUGGAUGCUAUGCCUGAUCAUUUUGGUGGAGCUGUAUCAUCAGACCCAGGGACUAGAGUUGUAGUUGGUUAUGUUACUUCUAUAAAGAAAAAUAUUAUUUACAUUAAUUAAAACAUUUAUUUCUCUGUGGACAUUGUUUCUGAAGGUUUUGUGCCUUAUGAGGGUGACUGCUUAGAAAUUGAGUAUUCCAUUCAGCCGGAUACCUCAAACAUCAAGGUACACUCAGUGAAGCUGGCGAAUUGUAAGCACGUGGAUGAGGUGUGUAUCACCAGUCUACGUGGAAGAAAUGGGGUAAUAGAUGGUGCUAUCUUUUUCACGUUGGAUUCUCUGAAACUUCCUUUUGGAUACAUACCUAAAAAAUACGACAUUGUCAAUGUGGUUAUAGUGGAGAGCAUGCAGCCAUUCUGUAUUUGGAGAGCAAUUUCUAUCACCCCAGUGCAAAGGUCAUAA